AUGGCCCAGGUAACAGCAACGGAGGAUCCGAUAAGGAAUCACCAGGACUGUGCGGAUAUGUACGCUAAUGUGGCCACUGUCAGCCCCAUUGCAAAUACUGGAGAUUCGGUGAGCAAGGAUUCAUUGUGUGAGACCUCCGCAGUUGCGGGUGUUAGUCGGCGGACCCGAGCCAUUCAGUCCCCGGUGAGGAGACGCCUCCGCACAAUCUUCAGCCACAAGCAGCUGCAACAGCUGGAGAUAGCCUUUGCGCAGAACCAGUAUCCUGACAUUUACUACAGAGAGGAGCUCGCCCGAAUCACCAGGCUCACUGAGGCUCGCAUACAGGUGUGGUUUCAGAACAGAAGAGCCAAACAGCGCAAGCAUGAGGGGGUCUCCCAAAAAGCCCACCCACUGGGUGUGAUGUCCAGCCACACGGCACUAAUGGGCAGCAUGCACGUGGCACCGCCCGUAGCCCGGCAGUACUACGCCCAACCCCUGGCCCACAUUCCCCACGUCGCUACAGUCCUGCCUGCCAGGGUUUACCCCUAUCAUCACUCCCAAGGUCCUGUCAGCCAAUCCCCAUUUCCAUCAGUCCCGCCACAGGCGGCUUCUCAGCACCAGCAUGAAGAAUGGUACAGCCACGUGAGGAACAACCUGACCUCAGCGAUGUUCUCUCUGACAUCUGUGCAGCCCCUGGACCCUCCCUCUCACUGGAGCUAAGCACGGCUCUGCAAAUAAAAAUCAUCCAUGAGGUUGUUUGCUGUUCCUCCAGCGUUCCUCAUA